AUGACCAAGAGACCUGUGUACAGAGAAGAGGUCGAUCUGUCAGAGAGCAGUUCAGAUGACCAAGAUGAUGAUAUGGACAAGGACAACGAUGAUUAUGAUCUGAAUGAUAUAAAUAGAGUGUCAGAGGAACUAGAACCCGAGUCACGCUCACUACAGCAGGAGAGGGGUCGACAGGAGAGACUCUCUACCUCCCUCUCUAACCAGAAGUUUCUAGAGACCCGGAGACUGGACAGAAUUAGCCGUUUGGUUUUCGAUAGGCGUAACCUCCAAACACUCCGAGAAGGAAUAUGUAGCCUGUUUGAUAUCUAUCACGACAUUCUAGAAAAAGAGUUUGAGUAUGGAUGUUACUUUAAUAAUGACGAAAUCAUAGCCAGGCUUGAUGAAGUUAAACAGAACAGUUGGGACGACAUCCGGGAACACUUUAUAGAAGACGACUACCAUUCCUAUAGCAAGGGAAACUUUACGGAUGAUGAAGUCCGGGACCCCGCCAAACUUGUCCUUGAUCUCAUUAACCAGGUCAUCAAGUGCAAAGAGGGCGUCUAUCAAAAACUGGAGCAAAAGCACACGGAGAUUGAGGAGGCGGAAAGGCGGGUAGACGAAUAUCGAGAGAAAGCCCAACAUGCGUAUGAGACGUUAAUGAAUGAGAGAAAAGAAACCACAGACAGACUCCUAGAAGCAGCGAAAACCAAAACCAAGUUAAAAUGCAUGGAACAGUUGUACGAGGAAAAGUCACAAAAGCUACAAGAAUUACAGAGGACAAGCACGGUGUGUAUGUGGGAGAGAGAACGAGAGAAAGUGGUCAAAGACUAUCAGCAAAAGAUAGAAGACCUUGAAACCGAAAUUUCCUUUCUUAAGCAGAACACGAGGAGUAUUUCUCGAAGAAUGUCGAAUAUUGACGACCAAAAUAAAAUGUUUAAAAUGAGGCAAGAGAGAAGCAAGUCCUUCCAAGAUGAGACUGUACCGGAUGUUGAUUCUUUGAAACGUGACAUUUACGUCAGAGAAAAGGAUAUAAGUCACUUAGAGGGAGAACUUUAUGAUCAACAAAAGUUGUUCAUGGGAAUGGUAGCAGGACUUAAAACCGAUAUCAGUAAAUUGAGCGAGCACUUUUAUGACGAGGAGACGUGUGAAAGAGAUCCGGAGUUUGUCAAGCUCCUCAAAAACGUCACCAAAAUCUAUGACGCCUUGGCAGAGGGGACCUUGCAACAAUCCAAACUUCUUAUGCCUCCACAUUACACAUUUCAUGAUAAAGAAGUUAAGAUAAAGAGAGUACGAAGAUUAUCGAAAGCCAAUGCCUUGCCGAGUCUAAGUUUGUCUGGAUUUUCAAAUGAUCCACUCCCAGGCAUCAGGACAAAUGGAAACGGGUCAACCGGGGAGGAAAAUUCUUCUUCAAAUCCUAGCAAACUCCAAACAUUAGAGGAAAAUCCGGUCAUUGUAGACCCAAAGACGAAUAAAAUGAAUGGAAUAGUUUAUCUACGACAUUUUGCUCACAUGUCUCAGAAGUUUAUAUUGGAACAUUGGGCAAAGUUUAGGGAGUAUGAUAAAAAUGGUGACCAAUCGUUGGAUGUUAAUGAAGUUUCUGAACUCUUACAAAGUUUAGGACUAAAGGCUCUGCACACACAAAUAGAGGAGGCUAUGGAUGAAGUCGACAUAGACAAAUCACAUUCACUAGAUUUUUACGAAUAUUUACUAGUGGUAGAUAAAAUAACUAAAAAAUCAGGAAAAGCUGCUUUAUUCCGAAAUGGAAUUAGUAAACCAGAGGGAACAAAAGUCUGCGUGAUUCAGUGAGGAAAAUUUUUGCCG